AUGGACAACCAGCAACUGCACCACAAGACAAUCCAUGUCCCGGUGACCACUUCGAUGGUUCACGCUCUCGACCGAUACAUCACGCCGAAGCUUGCAGAGCAUGGCUGGCUUGUCAAAGAUGAGGAUAAUGAGGACCUCCGGGACGAGAUCAUUAGGAACAUACUGGAUCUCUGCUGCGCUGGGAAUAGCCACAGGUUCAUCCUGGAGACACUUGCGGACGAGGAGACACAUCUAUCCAUGGCUAAAUGGAUCUCCCCCAUUUUCCUGGGCGGGCAUCCUGCUCCCAAGGACAGAGGCCUUCUGUCGUUCACGGAUGGCGUCGUAAACUCCUUCCAUGAUCUCUGCCAGGACCAUUUUGUCUGGGAUCACGCUGCCACUAUUGGAACCCAGGUCAGAGGGGAUACUGGCCUGCCCUUUCACAUCCAGACCAGUCUGCAGACCGAAACAUUCCACCUGUUCGGACUCCCGGCAGAACUACGCAACAUGGUCUACCGGGAGGCCCUGGUCGUCCCAAAUGGCGGCCUAGUACGCACCUUUACACCGCCUGCCCUCCUCCGCACCAACAAGCAGCUGCGAGACGAGGCAAUACCCAUAUUCUACGGAGAGAAUCACUUUGAGAUCACAAUCAAGCGGUCUCCUCAAGAUGAGGAUCGUGUCGCUGGAAGAGGGCUUCCAAACGUCGACAUGUGGGUCUGGCCGCGCUUCCUCCACAUGUGGGACGACUUCAACUGCUUGGGUGCCAACUGCCUCCGGUACAUUAGGCACAUCAAGCUGAUCUAUCAGCUCUCAAUGGACGAUGGGUACUCCUUUGGGGAAGGCGAGUUCGACAAGCGACUCGGCUUCCGCUUCAGCAGCGACCCGUUUGAGGAAGACUACGAUUGGAAUCACGAUAUCAACGCUCCAGACCGCAACGGCGAGGACUCCGAAUCGGACCUCGGCGAAUCUGGAGUUGAGUCUACAGACCUUGAGACGGAGGAAACCGAGGGAGGAGAUCCUGAUGAAGGCAGCAGUGGAGACGAGGACGACGGCGAGGUGACGCAAGUCUCCAAGGAGGACUCCGAUCCAGUGGGGGUCUUCGAGCUCAACCGCGGGGCCGUCAACUGGCGCAGCCGUCGCGACACGCACUAUUUCUUAUUUCACCGAAUGUGUGAACACGGCACCAACGGGAUGUGGGACGUCUACCCGAUGAACAGGCUGGCGCAGAUGCUGUGGCGCUGUGCAAGGGACUGCCCUCUCUCGUCCGGCAACGUUGACCUGAUCUGCGAAGAUCUCCCUUACUGGAUGGAUAGCAUUGGCAGCUACACACGCCACUCGGUCGACUUUUACGACCUGGAUGAUGACGACUACUAG